GCAGCACUUCCUCAAGGCGGAGAGCGCGUGACGCGGCGGCUGCGCGCAACGAAAGAGGAAGUCGAGAGGAGAGGGAGGACGUUGGACAAACUUUACUUCUAGCUGAAUGCUAGAACUGCAAUUCAAUACUAUGAUAAUCCUGUUACAGACAACUGAUGAUUCGUCAUUUGUUGAAUAAAAGGUCUAGGAGCUGGCUUACAAAACACUAUUCUGUAUUUUGCCACCGCUUUCUUAUUUCGACCCGCUCUAGUUCAGACGAAGAGGAAGGCAGCAAUCCAGUGGUUUCGAAAUAGCGUUGCCUAAACCUGGCUCGACCAACGUGGUUCCCUUCACGUUGUUUAGCCGUGAACAACUUUUUGUUGUACUGGAAUAAACAGUAAAUUAUUACUGUACAUAGUAAGCGUGUUUGAAAAAUAACUUGGAGUCCUGUGUUAAAAAAGUUGUCCGUGGUGGUCCACGAGCCACAUUCGAGGCCUAGGUGAAGGCUGCGUGUGUGACCGUCGGCGUGCAGCGGCUUACUAUCAACACCGAUUAAACAUGUCGGCCCAGGCACAAAUGCGAGCGAUGCUUGACCAGCUCAUGGGGACGGGGAGAGACGGAGACUCCAUGCGGCAGAGAAUCAAAUUUUCAGAUGAGAGGGUCUGCAAGAGUCACCUUCUGGAUUCAUGUCCCCACGACAUUCUGUCAGGCACUAGGAUGGACCUGGGCGAGUGUGUGAAGGUCCAUGACCUGGCCCUUCGAGCUGACUUUGAGAUUGCGUCCAAGCAGCAGGAGUACUUCUUUGAGCUGGAUGCCGCCGAGCAUCUCCAGUCCUUCAUCGCCGACUGCGACCGCAGGACCGAGCUGGCCAAGAAGAGGCUGGCCGAGACCCAGGACGAGAUCAGCGCCGAAGUGGCUGCCAAGGCGGAGCGCGUCCACGAGCUGAACGAGGAGAUCGGGAAGCUGCUGGCCCGGGCGGAGCAGCUGGGUGGGGAGGGCAAUGUGGACGAGGCCCAGCAGGUCCUGGAGAAGGUGGAGAAGACCCGCGCCCUGAAGAAAGAGGCUGAGGAUGUAUACAGAAACUCCAUGCCGGCCUCCAGCUUCCAGCAGCAGAAGUUGAGGGUGUGCGAGGUGUGCUCUGCCUACUUGGGUCUCCAUGACAACGAUCGCCGCUUGGCCGACCAUUUUGGGGGCAAACUUCACCUGGGUUUCAUUGAGAUUCGCGAAAAGCUUGACAGGCUGAGGAAAGCGGUGGUCGAGAAACAGGAGAGGAUGAGGAUGAGACGGCGGGAGGAGCGAGACCGCGAGGAGGAGAAGGAGCGAGAGGGCGAGCUGGAGCGGGAACGAGAGCGAGAGAGCGAGCGGGAACGCGAGAGGGAACACCAGCGCGAGAGAGAGCGAGAAUGGGAGCAGGGCCGAAGGAGGUCAAGGUCUCGGAGUGGAGAGCGAUACAGGGACGGAGGCGGGUCGUCCUCACACCGCUCCCGGCGCCACCGCUCCUCCCGCUCCAGAGAGGAGGGUGGUGAGAGGGGGGGAGCCGAGAGGGGAGGAGGAGGAGGAGGAGGAGGAGGCGGCGGCGAGCGGGGCGGCGGCAGUGAGCGGGGCGGCGGUGGCGGCGGCAGUGAGCGGGGCGGCGGUGGCGGCGGCAGUGAGCGGGAGAGGAAACACCGACACAAGGAGAGGCACCGCUCUCGCUCGCACUCCCACAGGAGCAAGAGGAAGAGGUCCUCAGUGGACGCAGCGCCCCUGCCCGAGGCGGAGCGCUCCCUGUCCCAGGAGCAGCGCUGGACGGAGGGAGGGGGAGCCAGCGUGAAGCAGGAGCAGCGGCCGGAGUACGGGGAGUGGGAGGAGAAGGGAGAGGAGAGGUCGUACUCCCCGGACAUGGUCAGAGAGAAGGAGAAGGAGCGGGAGCGAUCGCUGUCCUACGAGAGGGACCACCGCUCCAGCUCCGAGGAGAGGGAGUCCGGAGAAAUAUGAGCGGCAGGAAAACCUUGGAAGUUGUUUGGAUGUAUUAUUUAGUUAAAUGCAGCAGGUAAUCUUUGGGGCUAUGUCGGUUAGUGAGUGAGUGAGUGGUUGAUUGAGUGUGUGUGUGUGUGUGUGGGGGGGGGUUUGGUUGGGUGGGUUUGAGAUGCAUGUGUGCCUGUCAGCGCUUGGUGUCUGUUUAAAAUAAAUAAAAUUAAAAAAAACAAACAAAGGGACAUGGAAAUGAAUUGAUCAGGGUCAGGCGGGGGUCGUUUCAUGGUAAUGAAAGAACAGCUAGUCCAUUUGAGGUCAUAUGCGGGGACCUUGUAUGUUAAACCUUUACUAUUGAAUUGGGGCCAGCGGGAGGAUACCAAAAUGGCAAGACAACUGCUGAAAAAGAAAACUACCAUUUAAUUUGUUUUACGAUUUUUUUGAAAGAGGGGGGGGGGGGGGGGGCCUUGAUCAUGCCUGUGUGAGAACGGAGAAAUUCAUCUGUAGUCUUUUUAUUUUACGUUAGCAACUAGUUUUUUUGUAUCUUGUCUAUGUUGUCAAUACUGUUUUUCCUUCCUGUAAAAUUGAUGUUUUAUGUAGCUAUCGAUUUAUUUGCAGAAAUUAUAGGUAGACUCAUUGAUGUUAUGCAUUUCCUUGAACCUUCAAGCCCAUCCUGAACUGAUUCGAUUUGGAAAUGACCAAAGGUACCGGAUGUGGUCGUUUUCUGUCAUUUGCCUUAAAACAAUUACUCAUUUUAAACCGAGUCGGCCAUGCAUACAAGCAAACUGCAAGACAUACAUGAGACCAUCCUUAAUUCAAACUGCAGUGAAAAGUUUAUAUUUUGACAAUAAACAAGCUUUUCAUAUCCAAGGUAUCCUAAAUGUCUUUCCGGUUGGUAGGGGGACAUGUACAUUUAUAUAGUUUGGCGUGGUACAUGCAUUUAAGGUAUUGCAAUGUGAUUUCAGGCCCUGUGAACAGAUGCCAUUUGUAAUCUGUGAAAAAUUUGGCUGUAUGGGGGAUUUGUACUUUGCUGUGCCAUCUACUAUAAAGUCAAUAAACUUUCUCCAUACACUGAAA